AUGAAUAAGGAAGUGUGUAAAAGGUUCAAGAAUGUAUGGAAUGCUUUUCCCGAUACAUUGGACAAUAGUAAAAAUUAUCAAUUUAAUGAUUUUGUGCUUUUAAAUAAUAAUUGUAAUCAUAAUAAAUUUUCAAAUAAUUCUUGUAAUAAUAAUGAUUUUCAAAGUGAUUUGGAUAGAAUAAGUGCUGGAUGUUUAUAUUUGUUGGAUGAAUUCAUUAAGGAUUGUGGUUUGCUUCCCCCCCCUGCAAGAAAUAACACCAAUAUUGUUGAUUACAUUUUGAUAUGGUUAAGGUAUAUGUUAAAUCUGAACAAAACUAUAAAAAACAACAAUAUAAAUGAUUUUUAUAAUGCAUACAUAAAUAAUUGUGAUAAGUAUAAGGUGCAAAUAAGUGAAUUAAAUGAUUAUGAUUAUGGUAAUUAUAAGGAACUUAUAGAUACAAAAAAGUAUUUGUUUAAUAUGGAUGAUCAUAUUAUAUCUAAUUUUUAUAAAGCAUUUAAAUUAUUAUGUGAACUUGAUGAUGAUGAAGAUGGUGAUGGUGAUGAUGAUGAAAAUAAAGAUUGUAAGAAAUAUUCGGAAGAUAAUAAUGAAUUUUUUAAAAAAUAUAAAGAACUUGAGAACGAUUCUGAUAUUACUGGAAAUAAUUCAUAUAAACAACUAUUGUUAAAUUUAUCAAAAGAUUAUGAUAAUUUAAAAAAAGAAUGUACAGAUGCUCAAGAAAGGAAACUUAAAGCCGAUACAGAUACAAAUAAACAACAAUAUCCUAUAGAAGGUACUGAACAUAUUGGAGAAACUGGAGAAAUUUCUGAAGAUACAUCAUCAAGUUCGUCGAUAGCAAGCAAAUUAAUUCCAGUUUUAUUGAUAUUUACUGCAAUACCAAUUUUCUUGGGAAUUGUUUAUAAGUAUUCGUUAUUUGGAUUUCGGAAACGAUUUAAAAAACAACAAAUAAGAGAAAAAAUAAAAAAUAUAAAGAAGAGAAUGAAUCAUUAA